AUGCAGUCUGAACAAUGGUCCACUGAAAACCAACAGAGAAUGGGCGACGAAAUCCGCAGAAUGGCCUUACAAUUCGUAUAUGGAUCCAUUCCUCGAGAGGCUGCAAAAAUGAUGAUCGACGAGGAGAUAACAAAGAUGCUAGAAGCAAUGCCUCUGAUACCCCAGACUAUCAUAAUCAAUCCGGCAGAUAUAAUAGUUAUAACAACGAGGCGCAGUUGGCCAGCCUUUGAAGAAGACGAAAUCGAAGAACCAACUUGGGGACCAGAUGACCCAACAGUCGGAGGAAGAAGAAAUUGGAGAGACAAUAUAUCCUCCAAGGACCAACUGAAGUCCCAUACGAUGAGGAUAUCUGGGGCUAGAAGAAAAACUCCCGUAGAGUCUUCCACGGAAUCAACCACAGAAACGUCCACAAAAAUUAAGUCCAUAGAACUUAAAAAAAAAGCUCGGAAAAAAGUUCAGUGA